UUUGCUCGUGAGCGUGUAUAACACGAUCAGCUGAUAGCAUAUGUUAUACGGUUAUAAUCUUGAAUACUACUUUGUUAUAAAUUAGUUUAAUUAUUACUUGUAUAGUUUAUUAAGAAUGUAAAAGUAUGGCUGAUUUUUAAUAUAUGUGAAUUAAAAUAUGUAAAUGGUCAACGAUUAUUAUAGACUUCAUAAAUGAAAUGUUUUUUUAACAAUACUUUAUAAAAAAUUUUAAUUAUUAACAAAAUGACAGAUGAACGAAAUUUUCGAUCCUCUUAUUAUGAGAAGGUAGGAUUUCGCAGUGUGGAAGAAAAAAAGUCAUUGGAGAUAUUGUUAAAAGAACAUCCAUUUGAUAAAAUGAAACUCAAACAGUUCUGUUUAAGAUUCACUGUCCCUGCUAUGUAUAGAAAUUUAAUAUGGAAAAUAUUACUUGACGUUAUACCUGUUUAUAUAGAAAGCCAUGAAUUUAUAAUGAAACAACGUAAAGCAGAAUUUGAAGAUUUACAGAAAGCACUCAAAGUAACAAAGUUUAUGGAAUACAAUGCAAAACCACAUUUAAUGCUUCUUACAAUGUGGCUUUUACGAACAAGACGAACAAAAAUAGAUAUGAGUACUCAAUUGGAAUCAUCUUUAUAUAGGGCAAUGAGCAGAAUGGCUGAGGCGCUCUGGCAUAUAAUAGAUACGGAUUCUGGACAAGAUAAAUUAGUAGAUGUAUAUUGGAUACUAUGUGGACUUUUGAAUCAGGUACAAAAAUUUCAUGCAGAAGUUGGUAGAUUACAAGAAUGUACAUGUACAUUAUUAGAAAGAGAAGAUCCAGAAUUAUCUAAACAUCUGGCCAGAAUUGAAGCUCUUCAUAAUCUUCCAUUUGAUAUGUGGUUUUACUCGUGUUUUGCAGGCACAAUAUGUAAUGGAUCAAUAGCCAAGAUAUGGGACAAAAUAACUGUAGGAGCAUAUAAAAUUUUGGUGUUUGUGGCUGUGAUUAUGUUAACCACUCUUAGGCGUUUUCUAUUGCGCACUGACACUAUAGAUAGUGUGUUGAAUACAAUCAAUAAUAUAACUGAAAAAACGUCUGAAUUAAUAGUAAAUAAAGCAAUAGAAUCUUGGCAGCAAAGUGGUUCUACACUAACAUCUAUUUCACAAAAUACAGUGAAUAUAACACAGAGUACAUAAUAUGAGGAACUAUAUUCUACAAAUCUGUAAAACAUGAGAAAAUAAUUAAAAAAAAAAAAUAAUAAUAAUAAAAAAAAAAAAAAAAAAGAAAAACCAUGAAAAAAGAGCUAUUCUCUUAGGCAUACCUUCUUUUAUCUUAAAAAUAUUUACUUUUUUUUAUUAGCGCACCCAUCAUACAUUGUACAUAUACAAUUACUUAACUCAGCAAAGAGUCAAGCCAUGACAUUAGUACCUACUUAUAUUUAACAUUAUAUUCUUUCUAUUCAUCUCAUGAUGUUUUGCUGUAUGAUACAAUUGUAUAUAUGUACUCCAGUGAAUAAGAGCAUGUUACUAAAGGAUUUCUAGGAAUUAACACAACAACAGUGUACAUUUGUGUCUGUACUAUUUAUACUUGCAUUCUCCAAGAAAUCUGCUGCUCAAUUUUAAUAUUAAUAUAGAACAAUUUUAUAUUUUGCAAAAGCUUUCCUUAUAUAUAUAUAUAUAUAUAUAUAUAUAUAUA